AUGUCUCGCGAUGAUUACCCUCGUCUACCUCGAAGCAAACGCCCUCCUGCAGACCCCAAACGGAUCGGCCUAUGGAAGAUUGGCAGGACUAUUGGCAAAGGCAGCUCAGGACGCGUUCGAAUCGCCCGCCAUUCAAAAACAGGCCAAUACGCCGCCGUCAAGAUCGUUUCUAAAGUUUCAUUGAACUCUCACGUAUCACUUCACAACCUAGCUGAAGGGACCGGCCAAAAUCAACUCGCUAUCGAAAGAGAAAUCGUCGUUAUGAAGCUAAUCGAUCAUCCGAAUAUCAUGAAAUUAUACGACGUCUGGGAGACCUCUACUGAACUCUACUUGAUUCUGGAAUAUGUCCAAGGCGGCGAGCUCUUCGAAUAUCUCUGCAAUAAAGGAAAACUCCCGACUUUAGAGGCUUUGGACUACUUCCAACAGAUUAUCGCCGCUGUGGACUACUGCCAUCGGCUGAACAUCGCUCACAGGGACUUGAAGCCCGAGAACAUCCUUCUGGACCAGGACCUCAACGUCAAAAUCGCCGAUUUCGGUAUGGCAGCUUGGCAAGCAAACGCGGUCAAUAAUGGACUCCUCCGUACGUCUUGCGGUAGCCCUCACUACGUCGCCCCCGAAAUUUGCAGUGGACAAUCCUACAGCGGUUCAGCUGCCGAUAUCUGGUCCUGCGGAAUCAUCCUCUUCGCUCUGCUUGUUGGUAAACUCCCCUUCGACGCCGAAGACAUCGAACCUCUGCUCGACAAGGUUAAACUCGGCAUAUUCAAGAUGCCAGCCGAUAUCGACCCUCUGGCACAGAACCUGAUAUACCGAAUGCUCAAGACGGACGCCAAGGCUCGAAUUACUAUGCCUGAGAUUCUGGAUCAUCCGUUCUUUAAGCUGCACGAACCUCGUACGACCUUCAGGACGCCUACUCUGGACAUCGUCUCUUCUCCUGCUUCUGGGCUUACUUCCAUUGACCCUGACAUAUUCGCCAACCUACGGACUCUUUGGCAUGGAACACCCGACCCGGAAAUCAUGAAGUGCCUGACUAACGACGAACAGAACUGGCAAAAGGGAAUAUAUAGCUUGCUGAUUGAAUACCGCCAGAAGCACUUAGAGGAAUGUGAAGAGGAGAACAUCAUGAUGUCCAGUCGUAAAAAGCGAGCAACUACUCAGAGGCGGGUUGCAAAGGCUCUCGAAUCCAUCCCCUCACAGCCCGAAUCACCGAUCAUGAACUCUCCUUCAACUUUGCCUCCUAGAACUGGACCACCAACUCCCAGACGGGCGACCCGUCAUGCUGCUUGGACUGAGUCUAUAGCGUCUUUUCAGGAACAAUAUCGCGCGGGUGCCCCAGCAAGCCCGAACCAGGCAGCUUCCGUUCUUUCCCCUCUGUCGCCCCUUCUGGAUGCUUUGAACGUUCCCAACGUGACCGCCGCCGAGCUACAAGACGAAAAGAUACAGACGUUCUUCCUACAGAUUGCGGAACGGCUCAACUCAAUGCAAACCCCCGGUAUGGCGCAGGACGGUAUAUCUCAAGCCUUGGACGUCCCCGUUUCUGGACCAACAGGGCUUGCUCCCUCUGGCGCUUCCGGACUUACAACUCGGCCCCUUUCAAUUCGCCAUAAGGAGCGCCCUGAAAACACACUGAAGGGUAAGGAGAACUCGAAGGUUGGGGCUGUUGCCAGAGUGUUAUCCGUUGGAAAGCGCGGACGCGUCAAGAUAGUGGAACCACCGAAGAGGCCGACUAUAGUCACGAAAAAGAAACACAGUCAGGAUGUGAUUUCGCCUGCCUUUUCUGAGGACGGAUCAUCCUUUUCCUCACCGUCGCCGUCGCCUACGUCCCCUCUCCCCACGUCAUCUACUCCGCCGAAGCGAGCUUGGUUUGGGAACGUCUUCAAGUUUCGGCCAUUGAGUCAUUCUUUGUUCUCGCUUUACGAUGAGCAAGAGACGAGCAACGAGUGCCGCCGGAUAAUAGGCGAAAUGGACGUGAGGGUUUCCCUGGAGAUUCUUGAUGGCUCGCCGGUUCUCAGAUGCAAGUUGGAAGACGCCAAAGAUCCAAGCGGAUACCUGAACGUCAAGGGCGUUAAAUUCCGAGCUGAAGUGCGACAAUCACAAGGACCGGAAGGGUUUCCCAUCGAAGUAGUGAUGAUACACGAAAGAGGUUCGACCGACACAUUCAAGGAGAUCUUUAGACGAUUAAAAAGGGAGUGGUUCUUGGACACUGAGCCCGAGCAAAGUCAACCCAUGAAUACCAUCGCGCCCCAGCCUAUGGCUAUGGGUGUAUUUGAGGCUAUAUAG